UUAACACCUGUCCAAUUCUUCUCCCCACAAUCUCCGAGCCGAGCUCGAGCUCCCAAACCCUAAGCCUCACCGGGGAGCCAGCUCCACCGCGCCAGCGAUGCCUCCCGCCGCGGCAGCUUGACGCGGGCGCCCUCCGUCUAUCUCUUCGGCGGUGAGCGUCGGCGGCCACGGGGGUAGCGGUGAGAGAGGGGGAUGGAGCCGAGGCGGAUCUCGGCGAGCCCGCGCCCCUGCAGCGGGCGGCGGGUGGUGGCGAGGAAGAGGCCGAGGCAGGAGGCAGCUGUGAGCAGUGUGCGGAAGCUGCAGCGCCGGGAGAUCAGCUCGCGCCGCGACCGCGUUUUCGCCAUGAGCGCCGCGCAGGAGCGCUUCCGUAACAUACAGCUGCAGGAAGAGUUUGACACUCAUGAUCCUAAGGAGAACAGCUUGCUACUCCCUUACUUGAGGAAAAGGUCAAAAAUUAUUGAAAUAGUCGCAGCUCGUGAUAUUGUCUUUGCUUUAUCACAAUCAGGUGUAUGUGCUGCUUUCAGCAGAGAGACACAUCAGAGAAUAUGCUUUCUGAAUGAGAGUCCUGAUGAAGUUAUCCGCAGUUUAUUUUACAACAAGAAUAAUGAAUCGCUCAUUACCGUGUCAGUAUAUGGUUCUGAAAAUUUCAGUGCUCUGCGAUGCAGGACAACUCGAAUAGAGUACAUUCGACGAGGACAUCCAGAUGCUGGUUUCCCUCUUUUCGAGACAGAGUCCUUGAAAUGGCCUGGAUUUGUGGAGUUUGAUGAUGUAAAUGGAAAGGUUUUGACUUACUCUGCUCAAGAUAGCACAUACAAGGUGUUCGAUUUGAAAAACUACACCCUACUAUAUUCGGUAUCUGAUACGAAUGUUCAAGAAAUAAAGAUUAGCCCUGGGAUAAUGCUAUUGAUUUAUACAAGAACAAGCAGCUCUGUUCCUCUGAAGAUUCUUUCUAUUGAGGAUGGUACGGUCUUGAAGUCUUUCAGCCACCUUCUCCAUCGGAAUAAGAAGGUGGAUUUCAUUGAACAGUUCAAUGAAAAGCUUCUAGUCAAGCAGGAAGGAGAGAAUCUUCAAAUUCUUGAUGUAAGGAACUUCCAGUUAACAGAAGUGAGCAGGACUGAGUUUAUGACCCCAUCCGCCUUUAUUUUUCUCUAUGAGUUGCAGCUGUUCCUGACUUUCCGGAAUCGAUCAGUAGCAGUUUGGAACUUUCGUGGUGAACUUGUCACAUCAUUUGAAGACCACCUGUUGUGGCACCCUGACUGCAACACGAACAACAUAUAUAUAACAAGUGAUCAAGAUCUUAUUAUCUCUUACUGCAAGGCUGAUUCCAAUGAUUCAUCUUCAGAAGAAAAUGCUGGCUCUAUAAACAUAAGCAGCAUACUGACUGGAAAAUGCUUGGCCAAAAUCAAUGCUGGAAAUUUGUGCAAGCAAAAGAAAGCAUGGAAGUUCCAGAAUACGGUCUCAGAGGCACUUGAGGAUGUCACAGCUCUGUACUAUGAUGAAGAGCGUGACGAGAUCUACACUGGCAACCGGCAUGGCCUUGUUCAUGUGUGGUCAAAUUGAGAGCUGAAACCGCAGCUUUCAGCCUUUCACCCACAACAGGGUGGUCUUCACCUGUAUGUGUGUAUUAACAGGUACCCACAACAGGGUAGUCCUCAUGUGGUGUGGGCCACAAAGAGGCCCGCCCCCCAGGUACUAAUGAGAUGUGUCUUUUUUUAUGCGAUUCUUAUUUAUUCCUGCCUGCCAAUAGUUCUCUCCAGCAAUCUCAACCCCCAGAUUUGUUGUAGAAUUGUCAUUCGUCAUGUGUUCUACCGUAGCCUGUAGUUUUCGGAAAUGUUAGAUUAUUUCUGUCAACUCAGUCUCAGAGUGAGUUCUUCAAGUGUAACGGAUGCACCUUCCUAGUAAUGAAAUUUAUUCCAUUGAAA